AUGAAUCAUCAUCACCCUAUGUUAGAUCCAUGGAAUACAAUACUAACACAUUUUAAUCCACAUUAUCCUAGUAAUUUAUCUCCAUUAAAUCAAUCAAUGAAUCCAAAUGAAAUGAUGAUUUCAUAUUCUGAUGUUUCAUCAUAUUCCUCAAAAGAUUUACCUCCAUCUAAACCAAUGCAACAAUAUCCUCAUCGUUUACCAUAA